GACUGUGUGCUAUUUAAGCCACCCCUGACAAGCAAGGAUUUAAAUAGUAGACAAAUGGUUGCUUCCCUUGAUUAAUGUAAUUAUGGCUUCGUACACUAUCAGGGUUGCUGUGGAAUCGGACUGUCCAGAAAUUAGACGGUUAUUCGCGGAACAGGAAGAAGAUGAUGAUGAAGAUUUAAAAUCACAACUUACUCUAGAAGAUUUGAAGAAAUAUGGAUUUGGUGAAGAUCAGAAAUUUGUGAUACUUGUGGCUCAUCGUGUAUCAGAUACAAGUGCUACGCCCUUCUUGGUAGGAUAUUUGUUUUUUAGCAAAAUCUUUUGCACUUUCAUGGGAAAGACACUGCUGGUUGAUGAUUUAUAUGUUACACCAGAUUACCGUAACCAAGGCAUAUGCAAACAACUGGGACAUCUUUUGGUGAAGAUUGCAUUGGAGCAGGACUUUCGCCAAGUGCAGUGGUACACGCCUACAGACAACGUUGAGAUUAAGAACCUGUGUAAUUUGGUUCAUGCAGUAAACGAGAGCAAAAUUGACAACUAUUUCUAUUUGAAUUUUUUCAAAGAAGACAUAGAGAAGCUGAACAAUUGUAUCGAACUUUAAGGAAGUGGUAAUACAACAGAAAUAUUUCAACAUUGUUUACAGUAGAUUAACCUGAGAAAGAUGCAUGAAGAGGACCAAACAUGACUAAGAUUUAUCUAAAUUAUACUGAAAUACUGAUAUAGAUAAGCUAAGCAGUUACAAUGUAUUGUAAUAAUUAUAUUACACAAAUUUUGUCCUCAUCAGCUGGGUUUUUUUCCACCAAGAACAUAUAUUUAUAUUAUACAUAUAGAUAUGUAUACAGUUUAGUAGCCACAUGAUCAUAGAUAGACACACACUCAUGCUUAUUCAUACACAUAUGUACAACAUAUACUCAAGGUUUUCUAAAUUAAUAUUGGUAUUUUAAUAUUGAAGCUCUGAUCUCAUCAGUAUUUUAAGAAUAAGAGUUCCUUAUUUAUAAAAUCGUAUUUAUGCGAUUCUAAACUUUAAGUGUGAUAUAUUAAAAUCCUAAUCAAAAG